UCGGCAGUGCAGAGAGCGACGCGCGGUGGGCCCGGACCGCGCCAUGGCUCUACGCGCCCCAUUGUUUAUUCUCUCCGUGCUGAUAGCCGGCGGGACCGCUUUGUAUAACAGAGAUCGCGACCGUUUGCGCGUCAAUUCGCGAAUACUAGACCGUGCCUGUGAACUGAGCUCAUGUUACCCUGCCACGGGCAAUCUACUCAUCGGACGCGAGGCUCGACUCUCCGCCUCAUCGACGUGCGGAAGCCAUGGACGAGAACGUUUUUGUAUAGUAUCACAUCUCGAAGACCGAAAGAAAUGUUUUUGGUGCGAUUCGACAAAUAGUACAAUAAACAAUCCGCAUCUUAAUCAUCGAAUACAAAACAUUAUUUAUAAAUAUCAUCCCGGAACCCGAAACAAAUCCUGGUGGCAGUCAGAAAAUGGAAAGGAAAAUGUUACAAUACAACUCGACAUGGAAGCUGAAUUUCAUCUUACGCAUUUAAUAAUUCAGUUUAAAACGUUUCGACCGGCUGCUAUGUUAGUUGAGAGAUCAUUCGACUUCGGCAAAACUUGGCGUGUCUAUCAAUACUUUGCACACAACUGCGAUGAAGCUUUUCCUUUUGUUCCGAAACACACUCAGCGCAGCCUCACGGAGGUCGUGUGCGAGUCUCGCUACUCAGGAGUUGCGCCAUCCACUGAAGGAGAAGUUAUAUUUAGAGUUUUGCCUCCUAACAUCAACGUGGUAAACCCGUACUCCGAAGAAGUUCAAAAUUUAUUACGUAUGACUAAUUUAAGAAUUAAUUUCACUAAGCUUCACACUCUCGGAGAUGAUUUACUUGAUAAUAGACCUGAAAUUCAAGAAAAAUAUUAUUAUUCUAUAUAUGAAAUGACAGUUCGCGGGUCCUGUUCCUGUUAUGGUCACGCAUCUCGUUGUUUACCUUUGCCAGAAGUUACUUCCAAAAAUAAUAUGGUACAUGGACGCUGUGAGUGUACUCAUAACACUCGUGGAUUAAAUUGUGAAUAUUGUGAAGAUUUCUAUAAUGAUUUACCUUGGCAACCUGCAGUUGGAAAAACGUCUAAUGCAUGUGUUCGAUGUACCUGCAACAAUCAUGCUACUACGUGUCACUUUGAUGCAGCCGUAUAUAAUAAAACCGGCAAAACAAGUGGUGGUGUAUGUGAUAAUUGCCAACACAAUACUAUGGGAGUUAACUGUGAACGAUGUAAGCCAACAUUUUACCGAGAUCCUAAUUUAGAUAUACAAAGUCCAGAAAUAUGCAAAUCUUGUGAUUGUGACCCCGAAGGAACUACUGAUAAAGAAAUUUUAUGCGAUGACGAAACUGAUCUAGCUAACAACAAAACUGCAGGCCGCUGUCUCUGCAAAUCAAAUAUAGAUGGAGCACGAUGUGACAGGUGCAAAGACGGCUAUUGGAAUUUCGACCCUCAAAACCCUGAUGGAUGUCAAUCUUGUACGUGUGAUAGAUUAGGCACUGUUAAUGAAAGGGGUUGUGACCCUUCUACAGGAAAUUGUUUCUGUAAACGCCAUGUUACUGGAAGAAAUUGUGAUCAGUGUUUACCCGAAUUUUAUGGAUUGUCGGAUAGUGAUGACGGUUGCUUACCUUGUGAUUGUGAUCCUGGUGGUUCUCUAGAUCGUGAUUGUGACGUUAUAACCGGACAGUGUAAAUGUCGUCCAAAUGUCAUGGGACUCCGUUGUAAUCAACCUAUACAAAACUUUUUCGUAGGAGCUCUUGACUCUAUUGUUAUUGAGGCGGAAUCGAGUCAGUGCAAUUCCCAAAUUGAUGAUAAUGCGAUACAAAGUCAAAUUUGUCAUGUUGUUAUAAGAGAAAAUUAUCCAGAUGGACGUAAAGAAACUUGGACAGGUCCUGGCUUUAUGAAAAUACCAGAAAGUAGUACAUUAGUAUUCGUUGUAAAUAAUUUGAAGACAAGUAUGAACUACAAUGUCUUAAUAAGAUAUGAGCCGCAAUCAAAUACAAACUGGGAGGAGGCAACAAUAUUAGUCAAGAGACCGGUACCAAUUGAUGCAGAUUCGCCUUGUGCUAACGUACGUCCAGCAGACGAUACUGUCCUCACGAGUCUUCCAGCAAACCAACGAAGUGUCUUAGUACGACCAGCAAUCUGUUUAGAGAAAAACAAGGAAACAGAAAUUCGUAUAUACUUAGGAAGACAAGAUGGACACAGCUCAAACAGCAGGGCGUCGGUUUUAAUAGACUCCAUAGUAUUAAUACCCUCCAUUGAUGAUUUACCGUUCCUAUCAAAUGGCAGUAACAUGAGAGAAGAAUUCGAUCGCUACAAUUGUGGAGACUCAUACUAUUACGAUCUUAACCGAGAUAAUAUUCCUGAAAUUUGUAAAAAGUAUCACGCAAGCAUAGGCUUUUAUAUCAGAAACGGGACGGAAUCUUGUCAGUGUGAUCCAUCUGGUUCAAAAAGCCAUCAGUGUGAUCCCUAUACUGGGCAUUGUCAGUGUGUGGAAAAUAUUGUCGGUGCUAGAUGCGACCGUUGUGCGCCAGGGACAUAUGGUUUCAGUAAAUUUGGCUGCAAGCGUUGUGAUUGUAACAGCAUUGGUUCCCUCGACAAUUUCUGCGACGUUACAAGUGGUCAAUGUAAAUGCAGAGCAAACACGUAUGGCCGUGCUUGCGAUUCGUGUCAACCGGGCUAUUUUAAUUUCCCAAAUUGUCAACAAUGUGAUUGCAAUGGACAUGCCGUCGAAUGUGAUGACAAAACUGGAGAGUGUCAAAUGUGUAGAGAUUAUACAGAAGGCCAUCGUUGUGAAAGAUGUACUGAAGGAUAUUAUGGGGAUCCACGGCUCGGUGUCGAUAUCCCUUGCAGACUAUGUCCUUGCCCUGGUGUAAAAGGAGAUGCAAACAAAAGUAGUCACGCGGAUAGAUGUGAAUUAGACCCUGAGACUAAGGACGUUGUGUGUGACUGCAAAGAGGGUUAUGCUGGACUAUUGUGUGAUGUGUGUGCAGACAACUACUACGGAGAUCCUAUAAAGCGUACAUGUGAAAAAUGUGAUUGUAGUGACAACAUAGACAUAACUAAACCAGGCAAUUGUGACCCUUACACAGGAAAGUGUUUGCAAUGUUUAUAUAAUACAGCAGGCGACAACUGUGAACUAUGCGAGGAAGGAUUUUAUGGAAAUGCUUUGGAAAAAUCUUGUUAUAGAUGUAAUUGUUCUGUUUUGGGUACUAACUUUACUCAAGGAAGUUGCGACAGAACGACAGGACAGUGCCCCUGUUUCAAUAAUGUCAUGGGUAUAAAUUGCGAACAAUGCACAGAAAAUCAUUGGAGAAUAGCAUUAGGUACCGGCUGUGAUCCUUGUGACUGUGAUCCUGUUGGAUCCACUUCACCACAAUGUAAUCCUUAUAUUGGUAAAUGUGAAUGUAAAUCAGGUCACGGAGGAAGACAAUGUGAUCAAUGUCAAGAAAAUCAUUGGGGUGAUCCUAAUGUGGAGUGCCAUGAAUGCGAUUGUGAUUUGUAUGGUUCUGUAUCUCAACAAUGCAUGCGAGAUAAUGGAUCAUGUAUCUGCAAACCUGGAAUAGGUGGAUACAAAUGCGAUAUGUGUGCCAGAGGUUACCUUGGUGAAGCUCCUGAAUGUUACGCAUGUGGAGAAUGUUUUGAUAAUUGGGAUCGAAUGAUUGAAGAUUUACGGAUUCAAACCGAAUAUGCUAUUGGAAAUGCAAGCAAGAUUAAAGUUGUUGGUGCUACGGGAGCAUACACAAGAGAUUUUGAGGAAAUGACAAAAAAAUUAUCAGAUGUUGAAAACUCACUUCAAAGUGCAAAAUUAGGUCAAAGCACAGUUAAAGAGUUGUUAUCAAAUAUAUCUAGUUUACAAGAUCAACUAAGUGAAGCGGAAAAGAAAGUGAAAGAUAGUAAUGAUAAUCUUAAUGCCAUUACAUCGAAAAUAAAUCUGGGCAAUGUUACAUUAGAUGCUUUAAGAACUAGCAUAGCUAACUUAAAAACAAAAACUUUUGACUUGGGUAAUAACGCAACUAAAUUACAGGAGGCUAACUUAGAAGGCGCGCUUAAUUUGACACGGGAAGCCAAACAAAGAGCUGUAAAAGCAGCUGAUGAUGCUGAAAGUGUGCAGACUAUCAUAGCAAACACUGACAGACAAAUCAAAAAUACAGACAGGCUUAUAGAAAUGCAAUAUCAUAAUUUUAACAAUACUCGAAGUGAAAACGAUAAAAAAUUAGAUGACCUCCAACAACAGCUAUCAGACUUAGAUUCACAAUUACCAACAAUCAAUUUAAAAAUGUGCGGUCAAGAGAGUGACACUUGCGAUAUUUGUGGCGGAGCAGGAUGUGGAAAAUGUGGUGGUAUAUCAUGUGAUCAAGGAGCUAUAACAAAAGCUGAACAAGCUUUAGACUUUGCUAAUAAAACAGAACACAGAAUCAAGGAACAUGAAUUAACAGCAGAGGAGAUAUUCAGAUCAGUUUCACAAGUAAAACAAGAUACUGUUACAGUUCGUUCUAGAGCUAAAGAUUUAUUUGAGAUAGCCAGUGAAUUUAAAUUAUCAGCAGAAAGAGCCACCAAUGACAGCCAACAAUUAACAUCCGAAUUAAAAGAAUUUUUAUCCAAAACGUACAAUACUCCCGAGGAUGUAAGACAACUUGCUACUGAAAUCUUAAAUUUAUCGAUAAGUAUACAGCCGAAAGAAAUUACAGAAUUAUCUCAACGAAUUAACUCAACUGUCUCCCAGCUAACUAAUAUCGAAAACAUAAUAGCUGAAACCAAACCUGACCUUGACAGAGCUAAAAUGCUAAAGCAAAAUGCUACUGUUGUUAAUAAAUCUGCUAACUUAACUCUAGAGAUGGCUAACAAGGUAUUGGGAGCUUUAGAUGAAGCACAAGCUGCUCAAGAUGCAGCAGACAAUGCCAUAGAUAAGGCAAACAGAGAUAUUGAAGCAGCUAAAAGUGAUUUAAUACCCAUUGCAUUAGAAACCGAGCAGGCCCAGAAGAAAGCUAAUGAAACUAUGGACGAAGUUGAGGGGCUUCGUUCUCGCCUCUCUGAUUUACAAAAAAAUAUACUGAAAAUAGAAAGUGACGCAGAACAAGUAAAACAAGAAGCAAAUGAUGUGGUGAAUAAAGCAGAAGGGGCAGAACAAAAAGCAAGGCAAUUAAGACAAGAUUUUAAACAAACAAACAUAUCUCUUUCUGAUAGAGCCAGCCAGACAUCUAAUUCAAGGGAGCGUGCUCAACUUUUGCUUAACAAAGCUACCAAGUUGGCGAGUGAUACACAAACGCAGCUUAAACUAUUAACAAAUAUGGAGGAACUAUAUAAUGACCAUAACGAACAAUUACUUGUAUUGGAAAAGGAAAUGAGCAAUUUAAAUACACAAAUGAAUUAUUAUCUAUCUGAGAUAACAAAGCGUUCCGACAACUAUAGGUCUUGUACCACAUAAAUUACGUAUUCCAUUUAACUUCAAUGUGAAAGUUGCAUUUCCUCUAUCGAAAAAGAUAUUAAUGUAAUUAUUAUCCUGUUCGAUAGCGCAAGUGAAUGCAGUAAUGUUAUAAUCCAAAUACUAACCAUGAUAGUAUAUAUUAGUGAAAUACCGUUUACAAAAAACAUGUCUGCUGCUCUGGUUAAAAAAUAAAUAUGAUCAGACUUUAUUGCUGUGGAUGUAAUUACUGUAAUAGAGUACCUUGUAGAGUAAACCAUCACAUUAAUAAUAAUUAAUUCAUUGUUAACAUUUUUGUCUUAUCAUAAUUUUAUUCUUAUUCAAACUACCAUUGGUCGAGUGGAAUAAAUAAUAUAAUUAAUUAUUAAUUAUAUUUGUAUUUUGUAUCUACCUUGUAAAUAGUGAUGUAGGUAAUAGAAUACUGGUUUUAAAAAGUACACGUUUGACUAAGACGCGUUUGUAUGUGCAUGUUUGAAAAAUUAUAUUGUUUUGUGUUAUGUAUAUCCUAAUUCUAUAAGAUUUAUUCCAAAGAAAUUGAAAUAACUUGUGUGUGGAAGACGUUAUUAUGUAUAAAAGUAGAUAAAUCUGAGUUUUUCAUUUAUUGUAAUAGCAAUCAAAACAUUGUAGUUUAGAUAAAAUAUUAAACUGAAUGUGUCUGUAACUAAGGAGGAAUAAAAUAUAAAUUGUUCUAAGUACUUUAAUCUAAAGUAUGGUAUUUAUUCCCUAUCUUCAGUUCGCAUUUAUAUGUGGCAAUUUAAUUAAAAUGAUGCAUUUAUUAAAAAUAUGGGUACCUAUAUCAAAUACAUAGCUAAUGUAUUAUGAUGCAAGGAUUUUUUUAAUGAACCAUAUUAUAGGGCACACUUACUUAAUUAUAAUUUGUUAAUAAAACUUUUUUACUGAA